CCUCGUUAACCAAAGGUUGAAACGUUGAAAUUCGUUAAUGCCUUAGACACCCGAGGAAAGUAUAUAGGCGAGAGAACUGCGCUCGAUACUUCCCACACCCACAUACCACCAUCCAUAUUCUACCAGCGCAAACCAUGUCUUCUGCUCCCACCGAGUUCGACGUGAUCUUCGCCGGAGGAGGAACCGCGGCGUGCCUUAUCGCGAGCCGCCUCGCGGAUGCAGACCCGACGCUCCGGAUCCUCAUCGUCGAGUCUGGCGGGCACGUUCAGGACGACCUCGCGCACAUCCAGCCGGCGCGCUACCUGAGCCACCUCGCGCCGACGAGCAAGGUCGUGUCCUUCAUGGUCGCGAACCCCGAGCCGGCGCUCCAGGGCCGCCAGACGAUCGUGCCCUGCGGCAACUGUGUUGGCGGCGGCUCCAGUGUGAACUUCAUGAUGUACACCCGUGCUGCCGCGUCGGACUACGACGACUGGGAGACAGUGUUCGCGAACCCGGGCUGGGGGUCGAAGGACCUCAUUCCCCUGCUGAAAAAGACGGAAACCUACGACGUCGCACCCGGGAAAGAUGACGUGCACGGCUACUCGGGCCCACUGCGUGUUUCGUAUGGUGGUAUCUUUACAAACAUUGGCAAGCAGUUCCUCGACGUCGCCGCACAGUGGGACCCCAAGCGCGGGGUCACAGACGACCCGAACAACCUGUUCGAUGUCGAUAAGUACGGGCGCUGGCAGAAGUGGAUCUCGAAGUCGGGCAUGCGUUCGGACGUGGCCCAUCAUUUUAUGUACAACAAGAAGCACCCGAACGUGACCCUCACUGUGGGCCACCUCGUCAAGCGUGUUCUUUUCGAACGCACACGUGCCGUCGGCUUUGAGUACGUGCAGAACCCUAAGGUGUUCCCAAAUGCAUCCGCAGAGGUGCUCGUCGCGAAGGCGAAGCGACUUGUCGUCCUGUCAGCGGGCGCGUUUGGGUCUCCGACAAUUCUUGAGCGGUCAGGCAUCGGUGCCAGGGCAGUGCUCGAGAAAGCUGGUGUCAAACAACUGGUCGACCUGCCUGGCGUCGGUGAGAACUAUCAAGACCAUCCAGUUAUUUUCGCGCCGUACCUUGCCAGCGAAGACUCGGAGACUAUUGAUGGCAUCGUGCGUAACCAGGAAGCUGACUUUGGCAAAUGGUCGACGCAGUGGAAGAAGGACGGCUCGGGGCUCAUGUCUUCGAAUGCCCUUGACGCCGGUAUCAAGCUCCGCCCCACUGCGGAGGAGCUGGAGGCCAUCGGGCCCGCCUUCACGAAGAAGUGGGAAGAUUACUACCUGCACGCGCCCGACAAGGGCGUGAUGUGGUUCGGGCCGGUGUCGAUGCUUGUCGGCGACCCGACCAUGAGUCCGGCCCGCAAAUACCUCAGCGUCGGCUACUACGUCCAGCAUGCGACCUCGCUCGGCUUCGUGCACAUCCGAGACGGCACCGACCCGACGGCCUUGCCCGAGUUCGAGACGGGCUUCCUCAAGGCCGCGGACGACCUUGCGCUCCUCACGUGGGGGUACAAGCGCAGCCGCGAGUACGCCCGCCGCAUGCCAUCCUACCGCGGCGAGUACGUGCCAAACCACCCGCAGUUUGCGGAGGGCAGCGCGGCGCUGUGCCGUGGCGAGAUCCAACCCGUGGAUGUCGGUGCGCCCGACAUUGUGUACACGGAGGAAGACGAGAAGGCCAUUGACGAGUACACGCGCAAAGCUGUCCAAACUGCCUGGCAUUCGCUGGGCACAUGUGCGAUGAAACCUCGCGAUAAGGGUGGUGUCGUGGAUUCGAAGCUGAACGUUUACGGCGUGCAGGGUCUGAAGGUGGCGGACCUUUCCAUCCCUCCGUCAAACGUUGCGGCAAACACAUACUCGACCACGCUCGUCGUCGCGGAGAAGGCCACAGUGAUUAUUGCGGAAGAACUUGGUAUCCAGGGUGUGUAAGGGUUAUCAAUUGGGCUGGCCAUUAGAAAUUGUGGAGAGAACCAAGAUGUACCGAAAUACAAGCAACAAGUAGCACAUGCCUCGUGAGAAGUUGUACAUUCAGUGUGAAUACGCGGACGAGAUGGUAACCUCGGCUAGAAACAUUGAUGCUGU